GUAGCCAUGGCCUAGCCCAUUUAGCAUCAUUGUCGACGUAUAUAUGAUAGGCUGCUAAACAGAGCCAUAAGAAGUAGCAACCUGCACCCCUUUCCUCACAUCUUCUACUUAUUUCCUCGGUUUCAGCCAGAAUAUCAGGAAACCGACACACACAUAUAUAUAUUUAAUAGAACUGAGAACCCAAACAUACUACGCAAUCCAUAUGUGUUUAAGAGAGAUAUUUUGAGAAGAAGAUGAAGAAUUGUGAGCUAUGCAAGUCUGCUGCAAGAAUGUACUGUGACUCGGAUCAAGCAAUCCUGUGCUGGGAUUGUGAUGCAAGAGUCCACACAGCAAACUUUCUUGUAGCCAAGCACACUAGAACUCUUCUCUGCCAUGUUUGCCAAUCUUCAACCCCAUGGACGGGCUCCGGUCCCAAGCUUGCACCCACAGUUUCUGUCUGUCAGUCCUGUAGCAAUACAAGAAACCAUAAUAUCAAUGGUGAUUGUGAUCUUGAAGAUGGUGAUGCGGAAAAUGACAGUGAAGACAAGGGUGAUCCGGAUGACGAUCAUGAUCAUGAUGGUAGUGAUGAUGAUGAGGGUGAUAAUCAAGUUGUGCCUUUGGUUUCGAGUUCUUCUAGCAGGGAAGAGUCAUCUAGUAGAUUUUGCAGAGAAACAAAUGAUGUUCAGACCCCAAAUGCCGGUGAAAGAUCUGAAGACCAGAGUUCCCUAAAGAUCAGCCCAUGGACAUGACAAGGAUAUUGAAGAAUUAUUCAGCAAAAGACUGGAUCUAUUGCUCUUUCACUGGUUGAUCUUAAUUAAUUUGUUAUCUCCUACCAGCUUCUUGUAACAAAGUACCGUAAAUGCAUUAAGUCAAAAUAAUCAGAAAUUGCCAGAAGCCAAAUUUAAUUAUCUU